CGCAAUGGUACAGUUAGCACAGAUCCAGAUAAGAUUGCAUCUAUCGCAGAAUUCCCAGUUCCUAGGUCGGUCAAACAAGUUAGGCGGUUUUUAGGCAUAACUGGAUGGUAUAAUAAAUUUAUUCAGAACUAUGCCACCAUUGCAUCCCCUAUAACCGACACGCUGAAACAUAAACAAAAAUUAGUAUGGGGUGAAUCAGCACAAAAGGCGUUCGAAGAACUCAAGGAGAAGCUUAGUACGGCUCCAGUUUUGCAUAGCCCAAAUUUUGACAGACCAUUCUCUAUGCACUGCGAUGCCAGCCAUACAGGUGUUGGUGCUGUGUUAGUUCAGGUAACGGACAAUAAUGAAGAGGUACCGGUGGCUUUUAUGUCUCGUAAACUUAACCGUUGCCAAAGGAAUUAUUCCGUAAAGGAAAAAGAAUGUCUGGCAGCUAUUUUAGCGAUACAAAAUUUAGAGCUUACGUUGAAGGGCAAGAAUUUGCUGUAGUCACAGUUCAUGCUUUCCUAAAAUGGCUCAUGUCUCAAACUGACUUAAGUUCUCGGUUAGCAAGGUGGGCUUUAAAACUUCAGGGUUAUGAUUUUAAAAUAGUCCAUAGAAAAGGCAGUCAAAACAUUGUACCAGAUGCUUUAUCGCGAGUAUACACAGAAGAUGUGUCUGCAAUUUCAGCCGAUUGUCUAGUGGAUCUCGAGUCGGUUCAUUUCAAGACGUCUGACUAUCAAGAACUUAAAGCCAAAAUAUUACCCAAUCAAUCUAGAUCACCAGAUGUGAAGGUAGUUAACGAUUAUAUAUAUCGGAGAGCCGAUCACGCGUCGGGUGAGAAAGUAGCCGAUGAUCUGUGUUGGAAACUUUGGGUUCCCUAAUCGCUGGUUCCAGAAGUCCUUAAGAAGGCCCACGAGCCUCCACUAGCUUCUCACCCAGGCAUAAACAAGAUGCUAGAUAAGCUGCGCCGCUAUUUUUAUUGUCCAAAAAUGGUAGUAGAUGUACAAAAAUUCGUUAAUGAUUGCGAUAGUUGCAAGUGCAAUAAGCACCCAAAUUAUACACUUCGUCCACCCUUAGGAAAAUCGGGCUCAACGCAACACGAGUUCCAAAAGCUUUAUAUUGAUUUUCUAGGUCCAUAUCCGCAAAGUCGCACCAGGAAUAUAGGAGUCUUUGUUGUUUCAUUGCUUCGGAGUUCCCGAAACUAUAGUCUCUGACAACGGUGUACAGUUCAAGUCUCAGCUGUUCAACGUAUUAUUGCAAAAGUAUGGAAUUAAUCAUACAUAUACGGCCGUUUACUCUCCACAAGCAAAUGCUUCGGAGCGAGUCAACCGAUCGGUGAUAGCAGCAAUAAAGUCAUAUAUUGCACCUGACCAAAAAGAUUGGGACGCGCAUCUAAGCUCUAUUUGUUGCGCUUUGCGUUCAGACGUGCAUUCGGCUAUCGGCACUAGCCCUUAUCGACUCGCCUUUGGUCAAAAUAUGGUGACCAAUGCAUCCACGUAAUUUGAACUUCUUAGAAGAUCGCGCAAUUCAAUUUAAUCGCGACGAUUCAUUUGAUCUUAUACGCGAUAGAGCAAAAGAUUGCAUGCAACAACAACGUAUCCGAAACGAGAACACAUAUAAUAUGCGUUGUCGCGUGUUUCAUUUGUGGUAGGCCAGGAAGUUUACAGGCGUAAUUUUCAACAAAGUAAUUUUGUACGGGGCUUCAAUGCGAAACUAGCUCCGAACUUCGUGAAGGCAAGAAUAAAGAAAAAACUUGGCGAUAGUUAUUAUGAAAUUGAAGAUUUGCAGGGUUGCUUGAUUGGUAAAUACUAUGCAAAAUACCUAAAACAAUAAUCGCAGAGUCCAGCGCGAAUCACCCUAUUAGUGUGAUUUGGGUAGGGGGGUCUUGUAGUGGCGCUGGAAUAGCGAAAAUAGAUAUGCGAAUAGAGAAAAAAGAAACAGCCUAAAAGUAGGCAAUCCGCUGAGCAAGGAGUGGCUUAGCGUAGUUGAGCGCUAUCGCGAAUCUGGCAAUCACGAAUCUGCAUUAAUAACAGGAGCAAUUGUCACUCUCACCUAGGCUAUAAGAACUGUUCCCAAGCGAUGACUUCCGCUUCAUGGGAUCGGCCAUAUUUUCUUUCUUUCUUUCGCAUCUCAACCACCGACUACAAAGGUUGCAUAAAAAUUUCGCUGUGAAAACUUGAUUUGAGAAUUAUGAAAAAUUUAAAUUUUUUUGUGAAAGUGCCAAGUCAAUAAGCGGUUUGGCACCCAGCCUAAAAUUUAAUCUUUUUGCUAGCGUGCAAUUAAGCCAGCAGCCGCGCGCAACUAAACUCACGCAUCGCGCUGUCUGAAUAGCUACAGCUGCACGCAUCUACCCAUACGCAUUGCGUAGUCUGGCUAGUUGAAAAAUACAUAUUCUUAUAUCUUCUCACCUGCCACGCCUUUGCACGGACUUACUGCUGCACGAAUCACUAUUUGAGUUAAAAAAGGCACAGCCAUCUCGCCAACUUUUGAGAGUAUUAAUUAAAUAAUUAAUACCAUCGGCAAUACCGGCUUAUUUUUUCUUGCACUGUUUUUGAGCGAUUACAUCAUGAAAUAAAUAAUAAAAUAAUAUAAGAUAAUCAUAAUCGCUAAGCAAUAUAAAUUAUGUAUCCAUACCUCAACCUCCUCUCAAUGAAAAUUCCUUAUUAGCUAUUGUAACUUCUUUAGUUUUCACUAUCCGCUUUUGUUUCCUUUUUUUUUCAUACAUUAUAUUUUUUUUUUUUUUUGUAGUUACAUUUAUAAAUUCUAGCACAUCUUGCAGCCACACCGAAACGGAAGCGCUUUCAUCGCGGGAUAUUACUACAAACAUCUAUACUUGAUCGCAAUGACCGAAAGCGUCAUAAAACCUUUCUUAUGUGAAAGCUUGGGAAACGCACUACUACAGAAUGAAUGGGAAAAAUGGUUGCGAGCUUUCAUGAUUUAUCUGGAGGUGGAAGAUGUCAAAUCAGUAAUUCAGAAAAGAACAAAAUUGUUACAUUUAGGUGGUACCCAAUUGCAAACGGUUGCAUACGCAUUGCCGGGUGCCAUAGUAGAAUUUAGCGAGGCCGAUCAAAACGAUGUCUUUACUGUUUUAGUCGAUAAGUUGACAGCUUAUUUCUCCCCAAAGCAGAAUUCGACUUUUGAAAGACACCUUUUUAGGAAAAUCUCUCCCGAAGAAGGUGAAACAUUUGGAAAGUUCAUUUUGCGGUUGCGUCAACAAAUUCAAAAAUGUAAUUUUGGAUCUACAAAGGCCGAAAUAGAAGAAAUUUGUUUUAAAGAUAAAAUCAUCGAUACGUGGGUUAGUACAGAGCUAAAAAAGAAACUAUUAGAAAAAGAACAUACUUUAAACGAAAUUAUCGAAGCCUGCCAAGUGGACGAGGAAAUAAAUAAGCAGUCGCAGCUGAUGCAAUCGAAGCCAGUGCCAGAAACCAUACAUAAAAUAACUAAUUUAAAAUCGGGGAAGAUUGGGGAUUGUGGAAGGUGCGGACGGCCAGGACACAGGGAAGACAGUCCAAUGUGUCCAGCACGUCAAGUUAAGUGCAGUCGCUGCUCUCGCGUAGGUCAUUUUGCCCGCAGAUGCAGAACAAACCUUAAACGCCCAUACCCACAUUCGAAUAAUAAAGAAGCGAUAGGAAAUCCCAAGCGCAAAUAUGUGCAUAGAAUUGAAAACGGGAAUCCCGAGGGAAAUAAGACAAUCCAACGAAAUUGUUUUAAGAUAGACAGUGACGAGGAGUAUGAGGAGAUGAUGCAAUGCAGAAUUGGAGGGGCGGAUGUUUCACUAGUAAUCGAUUCGGGAUCUCGAUUUAACAUUAUCUCGCAAGACGAUUGGUUAACUCUUCAAUUGAAAAAGGCAACAGUUUUAAAUGUCCGCGGAAGUUCACAAAAUCAAUUUAGGGGAUAUGCCUCAGAUCAAAUUCUUAACGUUAUUUGUAUUUUCGAGGCACCAAUAUCUAUCAAGUUGAACGCCGAGGUGAUUGCAUCCUUUUUCGUAAUUGAAAAAGGACGGCAGUCACUGCUGGGACGAGAAACGGCAACGAAGUUGAACGUUCUGCGAGUGGGACUACCGAUUAACAACAUUGAGUUCGUGCCACCAUUUCCCAAGUGGAAAGGUGUUAGAGUGAAGCUAACCAUAGACCCCUACGUUAAUCCCGUGAAACAACCAAUGAGGCGCAUUCCGGUGGCGCUCGAAGGGAGAGUCAAUGCCAAGUUAGAGGAAGCCUACAAACUGGACAUCAUUGAACCGGUCGAGGGUCACAGCCCGUGGAUAUCUCCGAUGGUGAUCACGUUCAAGGGUAAUGGUGAUAUUCGUAUAUGCUUGGAUAUGAGGCAAGCCAACCGGGCGAUUCUUCGUGAGAACUACCCUUUGCCAACAUUUGAAUCUUUUAUGACUAAAUUAAAAAACGCCAGAAUAUUUUCACGACUGGAUCUUAAGGACGCGUAUCAUCAAUUGGAGUUGGAUGAAUCAAGUAGGCAGAUAACGACCUUCAUUACACCUCGGGGCCUAUUUAGGUAUAAGCGACUAAUGUUUGGAAUAAAUGCGGCGCCGGAAAUCUUUCAACGACGAAUGGAAGAACUCUUAGCACCGUGCAACAACGUAAUGAAUUAUAUCGACGACGUUAUAAUAUUCGGGGAUAGCAAAGAAGAGCACGAUAAAACACUGGAACAGAUUAGAAGCAUUUUUAAAGAUAAUAAUGUAACUCUAAAUAAUGAAAAAUGCAGUUGGGAAACAAACAGAAUUAAAUUUUUAGGACACAUCUUAACAGACAAAGGAAUUGAAGUAGAUCCUGACAAAACAGAGUCUAUUAGAUUAUUUCGGGCACCCAAAAAUAAGGAGGAGACUCGUAGUUUCCUAGGACUAGUAACCAAUGUGGGCAAGUUCAUCGCAGACCUAGCAGACCUAACGGAACCCUUACGUGAGCUAGUAAAGAAAGAUCGGAAGUUUACUUGGGGACCAACUGAAGAAAAUGGGUUUCAGAAACUAAAGUCAGUAUUGACUAAGAUCCCGAACCUCUCAUAUUUUAAUCCCAAAAAUAAAACACGAUUAAUCGCUGAUGCCAGCCCUGUGGCUCUGGGUGCGAUACUAUUACAAUUUAACGAUGAGGGGGAACCAAACAUAAUCGCAUUUGCUAGUAGAAGCUUAACAGAUGUAGAAAAGCGUUACUCCCAGACAGAAAAAGAGAGUUUAGCUUUGGUAUGGGCAGUAGAGAAAUACUAUUUCUAUUUGAUAGGACUAGAGUUUGAAUUAGUGACAGAUCAUAAGCAACUAGAAACCAUUUUUAAGCCAACAUCAAAGCCUCCAGCGCGUAUCGAGAGAUGGCUUCUGCGUCUUCAAGCAUAUAAAUUUAAAGUUAUUUACAAAUCGGGAAAGGAAAACAUUGCUGAUAGUCUGUCCCGGCUGUGUGAGCAAACACCAUCCAGUUGCUACGAUAUCAAGGGGGAGCACAGCAUAUUGCGAAUUGUUGAAAGCUCUGCACCAAUACCAAUAUCUAUAUCUGAAAUUGCGGAAAACAGCACAAUAGAUGAGGAAAUAGUAGACGCGAUGACGUGCCUUCAACAGGGCUCUUGGGAUUCGGCAAUGUCGAAAAAAUUAUAUCCAUUUCGACAUGAACUGUCGGCUAUUGGAGCAAUUAUGCUUAGAGGAGUUCGAAUCGUUAUCCCAACAACAUUGAGACAAAAAGUGCUGGUGCUGGCACAUGAGGGACAUCCAGGGGAAUCGGCCAUGAAGCGGAGAUUGAGGUCCAAAGUCUGGUGGCCCCAAAUUGACAGAGACACCGAAAAAUUCGUGAAGAAUUGUUUUGAUUGUAUUCUGGGGUCCCAAGCAACAAAUCCACCACCAAUGAAGAGAACAGAAUUUCCGAAUGGGCCAUGGAUUUCGGUCGCUACAGAUCUCUUAGGGCCGUUACCCAACAAUGAAUAUAUCUUAGUUCUAAUAGACUAUUACUCCAGAUACAUGGAGUUUAAGGUUCUACGCUCCAUCACAUCUGAAUCAUUAAUUGGGGCGUGUAAGGAAAUUUUUAGUAGGCUGGGUUACCCGAAACAAUUGCGAACUGAUAAUGGCCGACAAUAUAUAAGCCUUGAGUUCAAAAACUACUGUAAAUCGUGCGGCAUCGAGCAACUCAAGAAUGUAGUUUUUCCCCACAAAUUAACACCAAUGUUUGACACUACUGAAUACGAAGUUUUAAAAAGAGAAGGGAAUAUAGUACAAGUGAGUGGGGGAGGGAAAACGCUCUUAAGGAAUGCAAAUCACCUUAAAAGGGUCCUGGGUGAAACGGAACCGGCCGAUGUCACCAACGCGAAAUCGGUUCCAAUACCGGCCACAAAACCAACUCCACAGCCAGCCGCACAAUUCGAGGACCAAGCACCAGCAGAGGAUCACGGAAACUCCACUGAGGGACUAAAGCUCAAGCUCGUGAGGAAAGGAGGGAUGUGGGAACCGGCACCGAGAUGCUAAGCAGAAAGCGACGCCUACAAAGCAGAGCCCGUUAACACUCUCUCUUGAUAAUCUCUUGUUACUUCUCUCCCCAUUCAAGUUCUAGCGUUUAGUACUUUUGUGACAAGCUAAGCGGCCGCAUUGAAGCGGAACAAUAUAUGUAUCAUUACUUUGGAAAUAAAGUGUUUUAUUUAAAGUAGCGGGUUAUUACAGUUAUUAUUAAAUAUAAUGAAGUUUAACUAAGUUUGAUUAUUUUGGGGGCCAUGCGGCGCGUUUUUGUACGUUUUUCUUAGCUCUCCAAGCUGGGGGGAUCGCUGUCAAUAAAGGCAGGUAGCCAACGAUCAAGGUAUGGUGGGCACGGUCGGUCGCCUUAAUAUCGACUUUCGCUGAGCAGGCAUAUAUUUGCUUGCGCAACGAGACCCACCUUGGUCAGGUAUGUUUGUGUGCGUCUAAGUCUUUCCUAUCUCUCUUGCUUUCUUCUUUUUCUAAACAAGUGGCCGGUGAUAGUCCUUUGCACGCGAAUUUUAUUUAUAAAUAUAACUUGGCAGCGCUAGGAGUUGCAGCUCCCCUCUU